GUUUGGAAGAAAAUGUCAGUGUAGCUGUCUGAUCCUGAACACAACACAGAGACACUCUCAUCUCUUCAGAGCUGGACUUCCCCUUUAGGCCAAUCAGACAGAGGGGAGGCGUCAGCAGUGGUUAAAUAGAAAUAUUUUGGCCUGUAAGUGAACACAUCCGCUGUACGACUUUGAAGAGAAGCGAUACCGUGUUUUACUCCUAAGAUCAACCUCUUACUCUUUUCCAAACACAAUGACAUUGUGUUGGAUAUUAAUAUUUCUGACCUUCCAGUUUCUCAAGGCUGAAGAAACAGAAGAGGAAAUUUACGCACAGGCAGGAGGGACUGUUACUCUACAACGAGAAACAUACGCAGGAACUGUUAAGGACUCACCCGACGGUACCAGCAAAAUUUACGUCAACUGGGUCCGUGGAUCAGAACAGACACCUUUCAUCAGCAGAAACCCUCAUGGUGGGAUACAAGGUGGAAAGGAAAAGACAAGGUUCUCUUUCUUACCAAAUUUCUCUCUUCAAAUAUCACCAGUAGAGGAAUCUGAUUUUGGAGUUAUCCACUGUGAACAACAUUUAUUAACAAAAAUGUAUACCAAGCGCUACAGACUGCGUCGUGUAACUGUACCCAAAGUGCAGGCAGUGAUUGUUGGAGACACACUGUUUCUGAAAUGUGAGCUAGAAAAGAGUUCAUUCAGCUAUUCAUUCACUGUCAAAUGGGUGCCACCUAAAAGCUCAAAUUGUAAACUGGACAUACCUUACACAAAUGGGGAUAUUUCGGUGUCAAAUGUGCCCAUGUGUGCUAGUGGUGAUUGGACAUGCAAUGUAAAGUAUAAUCGUAGAGAAGCCACUGCAAAAACUACUGUGUAUGUAAUAGAUCUCGCCCCUGCUCCAUCAAAACCCAUUUAUACUGCUGUCAACAAUACUGUCAACAUUCCUUGUUCAUUAUCCUCUGACAUUCCCUGGACCCUAUUAAAUGAAAGUGGUCUACAGGGGGGUAGCUGGACCUUUACUCCUCAAGGCAAUGAAAACCAGCAGCCUCUUCUCAGUCUCAUAGUCGGUCCACAAACUAAAUGGAACGUCACAAAGGGUGCGCAGAUCGCCGUCCGGGAGAGAACACUGACAGACAAGGAUCUGUCGAUACUUAAGCUGCCUGUGUCUGAGAAGAUCAGGGGAGAGUACACCUGUACUCUGGUCUUUAAAAGAAAGACCUUCAGCAGGAAAGUCAAGGUGGAGGUUUUGCAAGUUUCAUCCACUGCUAAUUCUUCUCUGAAUGAAGGCCAAAUGGUGAAUCUGUCAUGCUCAUUAGGACCUCAUACUAUCACCCCUGAGGUCAAUUGGACGUGUCGGUCUUGCUCCACUCAUCCCUUUCUCAGAUCGACUCCACAGCCGGCAAAUCUGUUCUUCCCUGUGAGGAUGGAGGACAAUGGCGAAUGGAGAUGUGAACUCUGGAAUAACCAGGAGAAGCUGACAUCUGUAAAAUUCUCACUGAAAGUUGUGAAGGUUCCAGUGGACAUCUGGGUUUGUGUUGCCAUCAGCAGUGGAGUUGUGGUCUUCAUCUUACUCCUUGUUGUCAUCAUCAUAGGCAUUCGCAGACACAAGCAGAUGGUGAUGUUCAGGCGACGAAAGACCAAAUUCUGCUGCUGCAAGAGUCCCGAGCCAAAAGGAUUCUACAAGACCUGAAAGUCCUUGGCAUUUCAUGACUGAAAAGGAUUACACACAUGAUUACACUGUAAAUACUUGAUAUAUUACAUGAUUAAAGGUGUAAAUAACACAAUAUGAUGUAAUUUGCAAGCUAAAUAUCUGAAAUAUAUUGAUAGUUUAUAGUUAUUUGUUUGAAUAUUGCUUGACCAGAAAAACAGAUAAAACAAAUGGUAAAAUGCAACCGAAGGUCCAUACUAUGAGUUCUAAGCACAAAUCAUAUAUCUAUCUUAUUCACUUAAAAUUAUAAUUUUGCCCAAAAUGUACAUUUUCUGUAAAAAUCAUGCAGAUGCUGUGGUGUUAUAUUAUUUCAUGUAGUGUUUUUUACUACCUUGUUUAUCUUUAUAUUUUGGUGGUUCUAUUAAAUUUAAAAGUUUUGUCUCAUUUGCUUUUAAUUUAGUUUUACCAAAUAAAUAAAUAAAUACCAAUAAUCUGAAAAACAAAACGGUUGAUAACGCUGACAAACCAAAAUGACCUGCUCCACUGCUCCAUUUGGGUGUACAUUAACAUGAUCACCACGAGAUGGCAGCAGAGCAUCAUUACGCAAACGUUCCGAAGCAUUGCUCCUCCAAGUUAAACAUAUACGCUGUUUCAGGGACUGAUACACCAUUUACAUUUCUUAAAUGUUGUAAUAUUUUAUGUAUUUCAGGGAAUAUUUAUAUUUGCCUACUUUUUCGCA